AAACAGUAAAUGAAUAGCUGAGGGCUCGCGAUCCCGAGCGCGAGCUGGUGUGCGGGUUCGGGAGAAGCACCAGACAAGGCCGCCGCUGCGUCCUGCCGAGUCCCGGCGCCUGCAAGAGGGCAUAAGCGGUGCCGAAACGCGUCAGCGACGAUCCGGGAAACGUAAACUUCAUUUACUAAACGCUCUGCACCAGGGAGGGAUUUUGGACCCUUGAGAGCAGAAACAGAGGCAGCGCAGACUCACGCAGGCUCUACCAUGGAUUCCAUAGCUAUCGCCCUGGCCGCUAUUCUGCUUCUGGGCUGCACGGAGGCGGGGCCAGAGUCCUCACAAGUGUUCCUUAACAGGCAGGAAGCCCUCGCCGUCAUCUCACGCCACAAGCGAGCCAAUCAAAACAACGAGGAGAAUCAGAUGCCCCCCAACCUGGAGCGGGAGUGCGUGGAGGAGGUGUGCCAAUACGAGGAGGCUCGGGAGAUCUUCCAGGACACCUAUCGCACAGAUAUUUUCUGGUCAGUCUAUGUAGACGGGGACCAAUGUGCCAGUAAGCCUUGUAAGAAUGGCGCGCUCUGCUCGGACAGUGUGGGCAGCUACGACUGUGUCUGCAAGUCCGGCUUCACGGGCACCCAUUGUGAGAACGACCAGACAUUAUGCAUCCCAAAUGCUGCCAAGGGCUGCAGCCAGUUCUGCAAGCCGGGUUUCACGGCAUACGAGUGCUCCUGUGCCGAUGGCUGGAGGCUGCAGGAGAAAGAGAAGGAGACGUGUGUCCCAGCAGUGCCCUUCCCCUGUGGAAAGGUGGACAAUGUAAAGCAGUGGAAUGAGAGGAAGCCCAGCAACAUGCAGGAGUAUGAGGGGGCAGCCUGCAGCUCCGGGGAGUGUCCCUGGAUGGUCCGUCUGCAGAACGCAGAGGGAGCCGCCUUUUGUGGCGGCGUCAUCGUGAAGAAGAAUCUGGUCCUUACCACGGUCCGCUGUGCAGUCAGCUCCCCCGGCUUCCAGGUGGUGGCCGGUAAGAGGUCCAGCAACUAUGAGACGGGAGAGCAGGUGCUUUCCGUGAAGAAUAUACACUACCACCCGCUGUACCAGGAAGGGAAGGACAACGACCUGGCUGUGGUGGAGCUGCGUGACAACAUCGCCUUGAAGAAGAGCGUGAGGGCGGCCUGCCUGCCCGAGCGCGAUUUCGCUGACAGCGUUCUCAUGGAGGGCGGGCACGGUGCCAUCAUCACCGGCUGGAGGAAGGGCUCCGACUCGCCCGUGCUGGAGGGCUCCCUCACCCUCAACUACCUGACCUAUGAGCCUCUGGCCCGCUGUGCCGAGCGACACUCAGGCAAGGUCACCAACAAGAUGUUCUGCACGGCGCCCCGGGCCAAGGCCGACUGCGCCUUCGGGGAGGGUAGCCCCGCCCUCACCCUGUACCGUGAUGUGUUUUUCCUCACCGGCAUCGCCAGCCAGCCCCCCGGUCAUGACUGCAGCCAGGGCUACAUCUUCCAGAAGGUCUCCCGCUUCCUGCCCUGGCUGAAACGCUUCAUGGAUUCCCACUGAGGAGAGAUGGGAACACGUGGAGAAGAACCAUACAGAGAUCGAAGAGUGGAGUAACUUGCUUUGGUCACUGAGAUCAGUCUCAUAAAUGGGCUUUGCAAUGCUUAUGUUUUUUGUAUCUUAAACCAUUUCAGACUUUGGGGAUUGAUACAGUUUGUUGUGUAGUUCCAUGUCUUUUCCACAAGGUGGCACUCUUGUGUAAAAUUAAUAAGAUAACAUGCUUGUGACUAGGUGUAACUGAUAGAGACAAAAACUAUUUAGACCAAGAUAAACCACAGUGUUGUUUCUGAUUUAUUUCUUAGUUGCGUCUUAGUGUAACAGUUUUAGCAUCUGUACCUGACUGCUGUUAUUCAUUAAAUCAGAAAUGUAUCCCUAUUAAAGGUCUGUUUGUAUCUA